UCUGGAACGUAUAAUGAGUGAAUCAAUCCAAUCCUGCUCUUUAUCGGAAAGCACAUCUGAGAAUACUGGAACAAGCAGCCUCAGCAGCAAUGCUACGCGAUCAACGGCACAAGAUGAAUUUGAGAAAGUUGGAGAUUCGUCUCCGAUAGACAUGGAAUGCCACAUCCAAACAGAGCGUAUCACAAAGUGUCUGGACAAGCUGGUGUACCAGACAAAACUAGCGCUCUGCAUUCCUGCCUUGAUGCGCGAUAAAAUCUUGGCAGAAAUUUUGACGUCCAAAGAUUUAGACGACUUUGAAUUCAUUAUUUUUCAAUACGAAGAUCCUCUUUCGUCUAACAGUUGUAUGAAUAUGAUUGCUAUUGAAGACAUGCAAGCGGGAGACAUGUCAUUGAGGAACCGUGUGAACCCUGACUUAAGUUACUUGAUGUGUACUCUGUGCAGCUAUCCAGAGCUGAGACCUCACGUGGAAAGACUUGUGGAAAACAUGAAAAGAGAUUUUAAACGCAACCAAAACCAGAGCAUAAAAUCCUCGAACGGUUUGAAUCAUCUGCUAAAGUUGGAGCAGCUCCGCGACCUGAUGGUGCAGAGGAUGAAAACUACGGCAGCCGAAGAGAUCUCAGCGAUAAUACGCACCAGGAAGCUUGAAAAAAGCAACAACGAGUGUCUAGAUAAAAUCGCAGAAGAUAGUAAGUGCCUUCAAGAAGAAAAACUUAACCACGAAAAUCGAAUCCGACACAAAAUGGAAGUGAUAGCUCAGCUGAAACGAGACCUAAAAGUCAACGAACAAAAAUCUUCCGUUACGAGGAAUAAACAGAUCCUGAAUUCUGAACGUCAAAUGGUACUAGCCACGCGAGCCCACAAGGUCAAGUACCAAAUGCUUAAGGAGGAAGAGGUAGAGAGCCAGGAGCUUUAUGGCAAAUCACUCAGUAACAAUAUGGUGGCUGAAAAACAACUUCGGGAUCGCAGAAGGAAAGUGGAAAUGCAGCUGCAAUCAUGGUUGCAGAAAUACGACUUAGAAAUAUCGGCCAAGCAGGAAGAGCUGGACGAGACCACUCAGCAGUACGACGACGAGAUUAAGAAAUGCAAGCAAUUGAAGCUCAAGUUAGAGAAACAGGACAAGGAGUUCAUCCCACUAAUGGAGGAGAAAGAUGCGGAAUACCACCAAGAGAUGACCGCCAAGAUGGAUAACUUCAUCAUCGAGCACGCGGCGAGGGUCAUACAGUACGCUUGGCGCACGACGUUGCAGAAUCGUGAUGAAAAGAAAAAGUUAAUGAAGUUAAAGAAAAAAAUGGAAGCGGAGCGAGAAGCGGAGGCUAGAAAAGCAGAAAUUGAAGCCAAGAAGCAAGAGUUGCUAGCGAAGAAGCAAAAAGCAAAAGAGAAAGCUGAAGCUAAAGCAGCAGCUAAAGCUGCAAAACUAGAAGCUAAAGCUAACAAAGAUAAAGAAGGACAGGGAGAUUGAGAAGGAGAUGAACAAAAUCACGCAGAAUAGAGUGGCUAUAGCUGAUGACUAUUUUCAUUCCCGCGUUGGUCGUGAGCCUACUCGUACAUAUGAAGAUUAUCAACUGGGUUCUAUAGACUCUUUUUAUGUUAUUUUUCUUGUAGAAGGAGAUGAACAAAAUCAAGCAGAAUAGAGUGGCUAAUAGCUGAUGACUAUUUUCUUUCCCGCGUUGGUCGUGAGCCUACUCGUACAUAUGAAGAUUAUCAACUGGGUUCUAUAGACUCUUUUUAUGUUAUUUUUCUUGUAGAAACAAAUGUUUAUAAUACCUAUAUUGUUUUAGAAUUGUUUUUGUUUUAGAUUUGCUAUAUUUUUAACAUUUUAUGUUUAUUCUUGUUUAUAUACUUUAUAUUUAAUGUUUACAUGCCGAGAUUAACUUAAUUUGUAAAAUAAUAAAUGCAAAUAAUAUACGGCUUUUAUUCAUUAGA